UAGUGCUGUCUGCUAUCUUCGUUAUUUUACUGGCCAGUCGUGACUUCUGACUCUCUGUCAAUAUCUAAAAGCCCUAAAUUUUUUGGCGACGGCGAUCAUGGACGGAGCUCCAGUUAUAGAAGAUGGAUUUCCGGCGACACGGCUCUUCAACCAGGGAUAUUCGUACACGUAUGAUGACGUUAUCUUCCUUCCCCACUACAUCGAUUUCCCAACCGAUGCCGUCUCACUCUCCACGAAACUCAGCCGUCGCAUUGCCCUUGCUACACCCUGCGUCGCCUCCCCCAUGGACACUGUGACUGAGUCCUCCAUGGCGGCCGCCAUGGCCUCCCUUGGUGCAAUCGGCAUAGUCCAUUCUAACACCACGCCUUCACACCAGGCCUCAUUGGUUCGACUAGCUAAAUCGCACAAAAUUCCCUUCAGGCAUGAACUCAUUUUCAAAUCUCCCUCUGAUUCGAUUCUAUCCGCUGAUGAGUUUUCAUCUUCUCCUUGCAUUUUUGUAACUGAAUCUGGAACCCAGAAAUCGAAACUAUUGGGGAUUGUUAAAAUAUCUGAAUGGGAAAAAGUAACUGAUAAGGAAGCUAGGAUUUCAGAGUACAUGACAAAGUCCAUGGUUUCAUUGCCGGCUAGUUAUAAAUUUGAGGAUAUUGCAGGCUAUUUAGUAAAAAACGAGCUUGAAUUUGUACCGUUAGUAAGUGAUAAAAAUGAUGAAGGAGAAGAAAUAGUGAAUCUAGUGACUACUGACGACUGUGAGAGGAUAAAAGGCUUUCCGAAAUUGGGACUGCCGUCGGUGGGCUUGGAUGGUGAGUUUUUAGUGGGGGCAGCUAUAGGGACAAGGGAGUCCGAUAAGGAAAGAUUGGAGCAUUUGGUUAAGGCUGGGGUGAAUGUCGUGGUUUUGGAUAGUUCGCAAGGGAAUUCGAGUUACCAGAUUGACAUGAUUAAGUAUGCUAAGAAUACUUAUCCCGAUUUGGAUUUGAUUGGUGGGAAUGUGGUGACAACAUACCAGGCACAAAACUUGAUUCAGGCAGGAGUAGAUGGGCUGAGAGUUGGGAUGGGAUCAGGAUCCAUUUGUACCACUCAGGAAGUAUGUGCUGUUGGGCGUGGGCAGGCAAUGGCUGUUUACAAGGUUGCAUCAGUUGCUGCACAGAGUGGUGUGCCUGUAAUUGCUGAUGGCGGCAUUUCAAAUUCCGGGCACAUUGUCAAGGCUUUGGUCUUAGGGGCAUCAACUGUAAUGAUGGGAAGCUUCUUAGCCGGAAGCAGUGAAGCUCCUGGCACUUACAUAAAUCAGGGUGGUCAUCGAGUCAAAAAGUAUCGAGGAAUGGGAUCACUAGAAGCAAUGAUGAAAGGGAGUGAUGCUAGGUACUUGGGUGAUACGGCAAAGUUGAAGAUUGCUCAAGGGGUUGUUGGGUCAGUUGCAGAUAAAGGUUCUAUAUUGAAGUUUAUUCCUUACACAAUGCAAGCAGUAAAGCAGGGUUUCCAGGAUCUUGGUGCUUCCUCCCUGCAGUCUGCUCAUGAUCUUUUGAGAUCAAGCGUGCUAAGGCUUGAGGUAAGAACUGGAGCAGCACAGGUUGAAGGUGGCAUUCAUGGAUUGGUUUCUUAUGAGAAGAAAUCGUUUUAAAAUCUUCACCAAGCUCCCAAAUAUCGGACGAUAACUGCGGGUUAUGGAUGGUUCUAAAAGUGCUAUAUUGGUUUCAUAAUAGAAUAAAUAACGUGCGCCACACAAAUCGAACUUCGGCCAAGUCUAUCUUAGUACGGGAUCUUUUCAAAGCUUUAUGACCAAAACAUGGGACUCUUAGGUUUUCAGUUUGACUCCUAAAUGAGGUUUUCCCAUAUAUUCUUUUAACUUUGUCUUUGUUACUCCCCGAUUAGGAAAGAGUAGUGUCGUUGUGUUAUUACUUCCAGUGGUGCAGUUGACGCUACAAUAUCUUUAUUUUCUUUCUUUUGAACGAAUAAUUUGGCAGAUAGAAUGUUUUAUAUAUGGCCAAGAAUGACUUGAUGUGUGUUA